AUGUCAUCAUCAGAAGCCCCGACGGGCCCCAUUGAUACCGACCUUGAUUCUCAAAAUCUCCUCAGCUCUCGUUUAGAUGAGCUCGUCCGCUCCGGUGCUUUGACGGUCGGUCAGGGUCAUGAGCUAACGCUUGACAAGGACGGCCUUCCCAUUGUAAGUGACGUCGACCUAAAGACAAGGGUCAAGAAAAAUCCGGAGCAGCAGAGAUUGGAUGAUAUCAUCCAGUUCCUCGAAUCACCCGUCGCCCCUCAGUCUGUGGAUUGGACCAGGGCCCGGAAGGCCCUUUGCCAGUUGAGGGAUCAGGGUGUUUCCCGCGAAGGGGAUGCCGAUAUUAUAGCGUGGAAUAUAGCCAUGGAUGCUCACAAAUUCACAAUGCAAAGCCUUGAGCUCUUGGAGAGUCUUCUUGAGCUUCUCGAGGCCAAGAAAUUAGAUGCCGAUCGACUGAAACGGAUCAAUGAAGUGGCUCACGAUUUCCCGGGGCACGCAUGCGAUCUAGUCGGCAUCUCCACCCCUGACGAUAUAGAUGACAAUAUAUGGGACGAUGGCCUGGCAGAAAUGGUUCUGGACAAGAGCAUUGAAGUAUACCGAUGCAUCAAUGAGGCCUGGUCAGCGCUCCGUGACGGCCAACGACGAGGCUUCCUAGGAUCGUCGACCGAGCCCGAGCGGUACCUCCGUCGCUUUCUCGACCUUGAUGUGAUCAAGGCACUGAAGGGAUGGAGGGACCACGAUGCUUUUGUGAUCCUGGAGCGCAAGGUUAUUACAGCUCAUCGAUUGCGACAGGCAUCGACCUAA